AUGGUGCUGCUCGAGGCACUGGCCGAAAGGCUUCAGCUCCAGGACCUCGUUGCGGAGCUCCAACGCGAUGCUCCCCUAGGCCUUCGAGUGCAGGCUGGGCUCAUCCUCCUGAUCGGCGUAGUUCUCACCGUGGUGGUGCCCUGGUUCAACGAGCAGAGAGGCUCGCCAGCCGAGGCCCCCGAGCGCAAGGAGGACGUGCUUGCUCCUGCCAAGCAGCCGGUAGCGGAGGAGCCUUCGCUGGAAGCGUCAGCUCCUGCUCCUGCGGUAGGCUCGACCGCUGGGACCAAGUCGUCCUCACUAGGCGCCAAGGGGCACUUGGUUGAGCCGAUUUUCACCUUCGAUGGCUGCGUCUUUGAUGGCGACCGCAUCGUCAACAUUAGAGAACGCCCCCACGACUUCACCCAGCAGUUGGGAGGAGCAAUCAGCAUUGCCUUCACGGCCAGGUGGGAUGCCUUCCAGUUGAGGAGCCGCAUCCUCGACUUCGGGGACGGUCCCGCAGUGGAUAACAUCGUGAUCGGCAACUUGGAGAAGGGUAGGACGCUUCUGGUGGAGGUGUACCGGGGCCCUUCGAAGAAGAGGCUGAUGAUGCCAGGCGUACUCGAACUUGGCGAGACGCACUCCUACCUCCUCAGCAUCAGUGAGACUGGGCACACGAGGAUGCUGCGUGACGGUGAUCAGCUAGGUGUGCAGCCGCAGGGCUUUGCCCCGCGGGCCCUGGAGCGGCGGAAGCUUCUGAUAGGUGGGUCCAACUCCGCUGGCGACGAGAACUUCGAGGGCGCCAUCUGCGACCUGCGGAUCUGGCGUGGCGUAGUCAGCUGGUCAGAGGCAUUCCCCGACCAGCCCGGGGCCCCGCCGCCCUUGGCUUUCCCUGGCCAGCCGGCUCCCGCCGCACCGAAGGAGCAGGAAGCAGCGGGGCAAGGCCAGAUGCGAUGGGACGAGGAGGAGGUCGAGGAGGAGGACGUCCCCGAGCCCCAGUUCGCCGACGCCGACCCAGAAAUGGAGGAGGCGGAGGAGGAGCUCCCUCAGCCCCUGGCUGAAGCGGCGGAGCCGCCGCGACACCAGGAGCCACCGGAAGCCGAGGAGGCGCUCGAACCCCGCGGCCCUGUGGAAGAACUGGACGAGGAGGAGGAUGGCUGGACCGUUGCAAAGCCAACACGGAAGGCUGACAGAAAAAGCAGAGCUGCCGCGGAGGCCGUGAAGUCAAGCGCCCCCCGGUCUGCAAAGGCAGACAGGGAUUACAGGGAGCACAGGGCUCCUGUGGCGCCAAGAGCCGAGAAGACUUCGGCGCGGGCGCCACCUGCGAAGCCAGCGAAGCCCGCGAAGCCCGCAGCGUCCGCAGAGCUCGCGGAGCCUGCGGAGCCCGCAGCGUCCGCGGAGCUCGCGGAGCCCGCCGAGCCCGCGGAGCCCGCAGAGAAGCCGGAGAAGCUGGAGGAGAAGGCCGAGAAGGCUGCGGAGGCAGCGAAGCCCGACAAGCCCGACAAGCCUGAGAAGGCCGAGAAGCCGGAGCAGGACGCGCCGAAGAAGCGCGCUGCCAAGAUGGAGGCCUGGGCUGACAUCCCGCCUGAGGGCACUCCCCCGGCCUCGCCACAGCCGGCGGAGCUUUCAGCCAAGCCCACUACGAACUAUGGCGCCACCGGCGAGCCAGAAUCAGGGAUGAUGCCCAUCAGCGAGGAUGCAAAUGACAACCUC